GACGGCGGCGCGUGGUGCGUGGCGCGUGGGGGCUUGGUGCGCGAGGCGCGCGACGUGGGCUCUGUUAUGCUCCGCUGAACUGAGGUCCCCCCACUGAGCCUCAGUUUUCCUCCCUAUGCAGUAGUGGAGCAUGCCCCGCAAGGGGCACUCCAGGCCCUACUGCGCAGCCCCACUGCCAGUCUUUGAGAGGGUGUCUUAGCGUUUGGGACUAAACGGAGGGAGCUCGGGGAUCCCCAUCGCUCCAGGCCCCGAUGCGUGACUGACCCUCCGGUUCCCAGAGCCUCCAGCGCAGGCCAGGAUGUUCGUCUUGGUGGAGAUGGUGGACACCGUGCGGAUUCCCCCGUGGCAGUUUGAGAGGAAGCUCAACGACUCCAUUGCCGAAGAGCUGAACAAGAAGUUAGCCAACAAGGUUGUGUACAACGUGGGCCUCUGCAUCUGUCUGUUUGACAUCACCAAGCUGGAGGAUGCCUAUGUGUUCCCAGGAGAUGGCGCAUCACACACCAAAGUCUCUCUAGGGUUCUUUGAUGACAUUCUCAUCCCCCCAGAAUCGCUGCAGCAGCCAGCCAAGUUCGACGACGCAGAGCAGGUGUGGGUGUGGGAGUACGAGACAGAGGAAGGAGCACACGACCUGUACAUGGACACCGGGGAGGAGAUCCGCUUCCGGGUGGUGGACGAGAGCUUUGUGGACACGUCCCCCAGCGGGCCCAGCUCGGCCGAGGCCGCCUCUUCCAGUGAGGAGCUGCCAAAGAAGGAGGCUCCGUACACACUUGUGGGAUCCAUUAGUGAGCCGGGCCUGGGCCUUCUCUCCUGGUGGACGAGCAGCUAGCCCGGGGCCUGCCAGCAGACCUGCCCAGUCCGCAGACCCUGCCCCAGGCCUCCGAAAGGUGCCGUGAAGACAGCAGCAGCCCCGCAGCUGCCAAGGAACAGCCUGUGCCCCAAGGAGCUGGACGGCGGGAGCCAGGAGUGCCCUGCCAGCUUGCCCCCUCCCCCGCCACGUUGGCCUUGCUCCUCUUCCUCAAGUCCUGCUCUUAGUGACACAGCAAAGACAUUUAAUAAACAAUGGCAGCACCGGUUGAGGA